AUGGCGAUCAAUCGUUCGGAAGUUGCGCACGUUGUGCAACAAGCAGCGGGUCGCAUGAACUUAAGCUUGGAAACUGAGCAGGAAAUUUUGAAAAGUCUUGAAUCAGAAUCAAUAAAUGACGUCUGGCAACUUCAUCAUAUUUCGUUGGAUCGCUGGAAAGAAAUGGGAGCUCCGGUGGGCUUUCUCGCAAGUUUGGAAUCCUGCAUUCAGGAAGCAGGACUCACAAAGGACGGAAAAGGCAAGGCAAAGGGACGAAAGAGUGGAAGGGUUUCAACCAUAUCUCCAACUAGGGCUUCAGGGAAUUCAAGAUCUUCAACACGGAAUUCCAGCGGCAAGUCUACCACAAGAGAUUCAGGCUCUAUUGACGCAUCUACUAGAAGUGCUUCCUCUAUGCGUUCUGUGUCAUCACAAAAGAGUUCAGCAGUAUCAAACGACAGCAGACAAGCCGCGUUGAAACAGCUAAAAGACAGAUUAAGGGCACUGUCCAAACAGGGACGAGCAAAGACUGAGAUCGAUGCUCAUGGCGAAAAAGUAUACGAAUGGGAUCAGAAUGAUUCAUGUGUCCUGAUUUACUUUGUUUGGCCGUUUGAAUUCGAAUUUGGACCUGAUACCAAAUUCAAAUGUACCAUAUCGAAAGACACUGUAUUGUUAAAGGGAAAGUGCAAAGAUGCCCAACGAAGCUUACGAUUCGCCACAGGGGAGUUGGUGAAUGCACUGCAUUCUGAAUGGUGUGUCGUGAGCAAAGGCAAUGCUUCCAAUGGGGUCGAUCAGCUAUUUGCCAUUGAAGUCGUACUGAUUAAGAAAAAGCUUGGGGUCGCAUGGGACACAGUUCUGAUUGCAAAAAAUAUUCUUGGUACCAAUCACAUGUCACCCGAUCAAAUCCGAGAUGAGCUAAAAAGUUAUGGUAUGGAUCCAAACCCAUACAAAUCGACAGAUGCAUUGCUAAAGGCCUUGAGAAUGGCACGUGCCAAGGGAAACUCGCACUUCUCAGCGUUGGGUUCUAAUGCAAGAAAGGCGCCGGAACGAAGUCGAUCCGCCGACAACAUAGAGUUGUUUGAGAGCCCAGGAAAAUGUAGUCCCGGUUCCUUGUCGAAUAGCAAGAGAACAAGGCGGGCGCGAUCGACCAGUGUCGAUCGUCCAUUGGUCGAAGAGACAAAAGUAAACAAAUUCUCUGCGGGUCAGAUCGUUUACUACACAAGCAGUGAUGGCAAUCAUGAGAGGGCAAAAAUCCUGAAGAUUCACCUUGACGACGAACUGGUCCCGUUCUACGAUAUUCGAUUGACGGAGAGUGGCAAAGAUAAGCAGACAGAUGACGCCCAUCUUUCCCUAAUGACGGACUUCUCAGAGGACGGCACGUCUUCGUUUGCAGGACUAGAAACCAACACGGCAAACGCACAAGAUGGCGCGAGUGCUGAAAUCAAUCAAAAACCAGCUUCAAAAGCUCCAAAGAGUCGUUUUAUGGAAAAUCAAGUGGUUUACUACACGAAUGAUGGGCAGAAGGAGAAGGCCAAGAUUUUGAGCAUCCACUUGGAUGAUCAUCUUGUGCCAUUCUACGAUAUCCGUCUAGAAGAUAGUGGUAAAGAGAAGCAAACGACUGACUCUCGUCUUUCUAGCCUGACAGAUGACCUGUUCAAGGCAGCAGCUCAAGGACGGGUGCGUUCCGGGUCAGUGGAUAUUGAGUUACCUGCUUCUCCAGUGAGGAAGGUGCCCGGACGAAGCCGGUCGAUGGGAUCGUCGGGUGUUGCAGAAUCACAGUCACCAGGCCCAUUAAAGAAAGGACGAAGAGCUGGUCGGCGGCAAUCCAUCACAAAGCCUAGUGCUGCCACAGUAGCAGCACCAUCGCCGAAUACAAGUAGCGGGCCCAGUAUUCAAGCGCUCGCAGCUUCGAAGAGUCGCUUCACAGAAAACCAAGUGGUUUACUACACGAAUGAUGGGCAGAAGGAGAAGGCCAAGAUUUUGAGCAUCCACUUGGAUGAUCAUCUCGUACCAUUCUACGAUAUUCGUUUAGAAGAAAGUGGCAACGAGAAACAAACGACUGACAACCGUCUCUCUAGCUUGACCGAUGAUCUAUUCAAGGCAGCAGCUCAAGGACGGAGUGUUUCUCCAGUGAGGAAGCUGCCCGGGCGAAGCCGGUCGAUGGGAUCAUCGGGUGUUGCAGAAUCACAGUCACCAGGCCCAUUGAAGAAAGGACGAAGAGCUGGUCGGCGCCAAUCCCUCACAAAGACUAGUGCUGCCAAAGUAGCAGCACCAUCGCCAAAAACAGGUGGCGGGUCUUGUAGUCAAGCGCUUACAGCUUCGAAGAGUCGCUUCACGGAAAACCAAGUGGUCUACUACACGAAUAAUGGGCAGAAGGAGAAGGCCAAGAUUUUGAGCAUCCAUUUGGAUGAUCAUCUCGUACCAUUCUACGAUAUUCGUUUAGAAGAAAGUGGCAACGAGAAACAAACGACUGACAACCGUCUCUCUAGCUUGACCGAUGAUCUAUUCAAGGCAGCAGCUCAAGGACGGAGUGUUUCUCCAGUGAGGAAGCUGCCCGGGCGAAGCCGGUCGAUGGGUUCGUCGGGUGUUGCAGAGUCACAAUCACCAGGCCCAUUGAAGAAAGGACGAAGAGCUGGUCGGCGCCAAUCCCUCACAAAAACUAGUGCUGCACAAAUCCCAGCACCCACUGCUGGGAACAUCAAGAAGGAUUUGGAACGAUACUCUGGCAUGUCAGCAAAUAAUUACAACUACGCAAACGAGGACGAGAUGCGUGAAGCGUGGAAUCUUAUUCAAGCAGAUUCCAAACUAUCGGUUGGGAGACUGAAAAAGGAACUCCAAAACCUGGGGGAAUCAACAGAGUAUAUCGAGAAGAACGAGAUGAUUGGUGCUCUCUGCAAGGCCAGAUUAGAGAAAAAGCUGAAGAAGGACAGAAAAUAA